AAGAGCCCUAGAGGUAGAUUUUUUGCAGGGGCGAGGGCGCCGGGGCGCGAUCGAUGGAGCUGCUGCUGCUACUGCUUCUCAUGAUCCUCGGCGCGCCCGCGCGAUCGCUGCCGCUGCUGCCAUUCCAUCCGCGCGACGUUCUCCCGGCGCUGCCGCACGGGAUUGCAUGGCCGACGCUCAACCGGCUGCACAACGCGGUGGAUUUGCUGCCGGAGUUCGUAGCGGCAGUGUCGUCUCCCUCGGACAGGAAUUUGAGCAGCUGGAAAGGUGCCUGCUUCUACAAGAACGAGGCAUGGCUGGAAUUCACGGAGCCAAAGGAGGCCAAUAGCUCUGGAGGGGGCAUUUUAUAUAUCAAGACAAGCAAUGCUCACAGUUGGACAUGUAUGGACUUGUAUAUCUUUGCCACUCCUUACCGAGUUACUUGGGACUACUACUUCAUUGGCCGCACGCACACCAUGGAGAUCAAAGAAUGGCAAGAAGGAGAGCUUGACUAUGUAAGUGAGAAAUUGAUAAGAAAAAUGCUGACAGUUCUCUUUCAGGUGAAAGACAAGGGAAUUUCGGUGUUUUUGAUGAAGGCCGGCAUGCUUGGAACUUUGAUGGCUCUGUGGGACGUGCUGCCGAUUUUCUCAAACACCGGCUGGGGACAAGAUGCCAACAUCGAGUUCUUGAAGAGGCAUAUGAAAACCAAGUUUGUGGAGCGUCCGCAAAGCUUGUCGAACUUCAGCACCGACGAUAUCCAGUCUGGUGACUUUCUGGCGCUCUCCAAGAUACGAGGACGCUGGGGAGGCUUUGAAACUUUGGAGAAAUGGGUCACGGGAGCUUACGCUGGGCACACUGCGUUUGCUCUCAGGGACGAACAAGGAAAGCUGUGGGUUGGAGAGUCCGGGCACGAAAACAAAGAGGGUCAAGAGAUAAUUGCUGUCUUAACUUGGGAUGACUGGUGGAAGCAGCAGCUAGCAGACGAUGCGAAUCCUCAUAUUGUUGUGUUACCUCUCAGCUCGGCGAUGCGAGAAAAGUUCAACCUUACUGCCGCCUGGGAAUACGCGCGGAGCAUGGAUGGCAAGCCAUAUGGUUACCAUAACAUGAUCUUCAGCUGGAUUGACACUCCGGUAGACAACUAUCCUCCUCAGCUGGACUCAAACCUGGUGGCUUCGGUGCUCACGGUCUGGACUCGACUCCAACCAGAGUAUGCUGCCAAUAUGUGGAAUGAAGCUCUCAACAAGCGUCUCGACACUCAGGGGCUGGAUCUUCCCGGCGUGAUGAGAGAAGCCGAGCAUCGAGGCAUUCCAUUCGAGGAGCUCCUGGCCAUUCCAGAGAAGGACGAUUGGAUUUACAGCGACGGCAAGUCGACGUCCUGCGUCGCGUUCGUCCUCCAAAUGUACAAAGAAGCUGGAUUGUUUGGAGAGCUCGCAAGCUCCAUCCAAGUCACCGAGUUCACGAUCCGUGACGCAUACAUGCUGAGCUUCUUCGAGAAGAAUUCUUCGCGGCUGCCAAAAUGGUGUAAUGCUCACGAUGAUCCUCCUCUUCCAUUCUGCCAGAUCUUGGGGACGUAUAGGAUGGAAUUGCCGGACUAUAACACCCUGGUGCCUUACGCCUCCAUGGACGAGAGGUGUCCAAGCGUCCCUCCAGACUACUAUAGGCCCAGUGGCUGUUAAUAAUAUACGUCUCUUAAAUGUAAAUAUUUCUUUAGGGUUC